GCCGGAGAAAGGGGAUUCCACUCGGUUGGCUUCCACUUCCACGUACGGGGAGUAAGCGUUAAUCGUAGUCUCUCUGACCACCGAUGUUUUUAAACCGUACGCAGGACAUUUCAAUUGUAUUUCUCCGGAGUGGGAAGUGCUUAUUGGAAUCUCCGCUAUUUUCUGGAUUUACUGCUCGCUACAAUGUGGGACUUUUUCACGCGCUCCAAGUUGGCUUCUCGCUGACUGUCCUCGUAGGCAGAAGUCCCGAAUGUUUUCAACGAGGGUCGACGAAAGGUUUUUUCUUCUUCCAUAGAGUGGACAGAUGUAGUGACAUCACGCAACGGGUGAGAGUGGGGUUGUUGUGACAAAACCCGUUGGUGCGAUGUGGCAGACGUUUUUGAAAGCUUCUUGUGGCGAAGUCCGGAUACUGGCUUCAACGAGUCGCACUUUGUAACAAGGAAAAUCUGUGUGCAUUGUAAGUGUCGCCGGGAGGAUCAUGCAGUGACAGCCAUGCCUGUGGAAAUGGAGAAGACGGUCACUAAGCUGAUGUACGACUUUCAGAGGAAUUCUACUUCGGAUGAUGACUCUGGAUGUGCCCUGGAGGAGUACGCCUGGGUACCACCAGGCCUCAAGCCUGAACAGGUCCACCAGUACUACAGCUCCCUCCCUGAGGACAAGGUGCCCUACGUUAAUAGUCCGGGAGAGAAAUACAGAAUCAAACAACUCCUCCAUCAGCUGCCACCCCACGACAAUGAGGUGCGUUACUGCAACAGUUUGGACGAUGAGGAGAAGCGGGAGCUGAAGCUCUUCAGUAACCAACGGAAACGGGAAAACCUUGGCCGUGGCAAUGUCCGGCCUUUUCCUGUCACGAUGACGGGUGCCAUCUGUGAACAGUGUGGCGGGCAGAUAAAUGGUGGUGACAUUGCGGUGUUUGCAUCUCGCGCCGGACACGCCUUGUGUUGGCACCCGGCUUGCUUCGUGUGCAGCAUGUGCAAAGAACUCCUGGUGGACCUCAUCUACUUCUACCAAGACGGGAAGAUCUACUGCGGCCGGCACCAUGCGGAGAGGCUGAAACCGCGCUGCACAGCUUGUGAUGAGAUCAUCUUGGCAGACGAGUGCACUGAAGCGGAGGGACGUCACUGGCACAUGAAGCACUUUUGCUGUUUUGAGUGCGAGACUGUGCUGGGGGGCCAACGCUACAUCAUGAAGGAGGGAAGACCGUACUGUUGCUCCUGCUUUGAAUCCCUCUACGCCGAGUACUGUGAUUCCUGUGGAGAACAUAUUGGUAUUGACCAGGGCCAAAUGACGUAUGAUGGGCAACAUUGGCAUGCCUCUGAUAGUUGCUUUUGUUGUGCCCGCUGCAAACGCUCCCUUUUGGGUCGACCUUUCUUGCCCAAGCAGGGGCAAAUCUUUUGCUCCCGCUCUUGCAGUUUGGGCGAGGAGCCCAACGGCUCGGACUCCUCCGAUUCUGCCUUUCAAAGUGCUCGCUCCACCAGAGAGUCCAGGCGUAGCUCCAAGGCACCAAAGAGUGGUGGUGGUGGACAGACAGAGACGUUAUCUGGUGAGGUGGACCCGUUGUCUUUACAAAUGGACUUACUGAGUCUCUCCAGCCAGACCGCAAGUUUGACACGCGAUCCACCUACCUGGCAGAACCAGAACAAAUUUGAAUCCCCUCCUGAUCCGACGACUAACCCCUGUCCUCUGCAGCUCCUCAGCCAGUGCAAUGUCAGAACAGCCUGUAACCCUCCCUGCACUGCACAGAACAAUCAACAACAGGACCCUAGGAUCAAGGAGAACGGCGGUCUAAAGAGACCACCGAUGUCUGCUCUGAAGGGUCACUCUCUGAAUGAGAUGUGGUUCCAACAGCCAGCUCCAGAUGAUUACUAUCCUCCAAAGCUGAGGACCCAGAAGAGUUUCACUGAGGUUUCUCAGCUCACGCAGCAUAACAGCAGCUUCUCCACAGACAAGCGCUCCAUCAGUUUGCAUGGCUUUCAGAAGGACAGAGACUCAGCCCCUCCGCCAGCCCCCCAUGUGGCCAGAAGCAGGAACCCCAUCAACGCACUUAACUUCACCGAGCAACUGACCCCAUUGGAACAGACCCCGAGAGGAUCCAUGGAGUCCUUGGCCCUGUCCAACACUACAGGCAACUCAGCUGAAGGAGGCGGAAAGCGACAGGAACACCUGUCUCAUUUCUCCAUGCCUGAUCUGAGCAAAGAUUCUGGAAUGAACGUCUCAGAGAAAAGCAACAUGGACACCCUUAACUCCUCUGUUCAAUUCCGGAGCUCCGACUCCCUUCAUAGUGUCAAUGGAGGUCAACCCUACAUGGAAAUAAACCCCUCUAGGUCCUCUCAGUACCAGUUGCAGUACUGUGAUACAUCUGGAAUAGGAGUUGGCAGAAAUGCAACUCAUUUACCAUCUGGAUUCACCUACCAGGAGGAAGACAGGAUGGGUUUGGUGAGCAGUGCCAACGCUGCUCGCCUACCACCCAUAAGUGAACGCAGAGUGAGUGGCGGCGUCGGUCGUAAUGCGAGAGGAGCAAGUGUUAGAAUUGACGUUCCUGAGGAAACUCCUCAGAGACGUAGGCACCAUCACCACCGCUCCAGAAGAUCCAGACGUUCGCGUUCAGAGAACGCUCUCAACCUGGUAGCAGAGCACCGGGUGAGACCUCAAGAAAGACCGCAACUUUACGUUCGAGAGGACUACGAUCGCUUCCCCCUACCAAGGAGCGCCAGAGACCACUUUGGAGUCGGAGGAGGGAGAUACCAGCCUCAACUGUUUAGACAGUGCCCCAGAACGACAUCUGACCUCACACUCCAGAACCCUGCAGCCGGACGGCACACAGGCUUGAAUCAGUACACAUGGGAUGACUAUGAAGAUGACUGGUGUUCCACCUGUUCUUCUUCAUCGGAAUCCGAAGACGAAGGUUACUUCCUUGGUGAGCCGAUACCCAGACCCCUCCAGAUGCGCUACCUUAGCAAUCAGGAGCUUGUCCACAAGUACAGCACAGGGAUGGGAGGAAGCAACAGAAGUGCACAGUUGAGCACGCACAAACGACGGAAAAGCAAGAACUGCAUUAUUUCGUAACAGUUUGAUGUCCGCUCCAGCUUGUAUCUGGAGAACAGAUGGACUAAGUUCUUUUAUAGAGUUGUGGAUCAAUAGUCAGUAGCAAACUGCAGUCGGUGAACAGUGAAAACACAGCAGUGUUUGCAUGUGUUUUGAAUAAUUUCUUUUCAUGCAGUUUCAUCCAAUCCAUCAUAUAUAAAUUUAUUAAUCCCCCCUUCCAAAAGCUGCUGUGCAAUUUUUUCCAUGCAUAUUGCCUGUUUGGUACGGUUUAGCUUUUCAUGAUGUGAUAUGGUUAUAGAAUAGGCUGUGCUUUUGUAUUUGGUUCACAGUAUGUACAUAGCUAAACGAACUAAUAAUUUCACUUAAGUUAAGGAAGUCGGUGUAAAUAUGGUUGUAAAUGAGGCUUCGCAUAUUUUUAUAUUUUGUAUGGCUGUAUGUAUUAAAUAUAUAUGAUAUGUAUAUAUACAGUAGAUAAGAAAAAACAGCUUAUGCAUGUGUGAUCUGGCUGACCUGGCCCUACCUUUGGAAUAAUGGAUUAUUUCAGACAUUCAUUUGAUUGACAGGUUGUGUUCCAUCUCUAGAGAGCGUGUAGAACAAGUACAUGUCUGUUCAGCUUUUCUCCAUGGGUUUUUUUGAAUACAUGAAUAAUAAUGUUGAAUGGAGUUUGAAGUAGACAUGGUUUAGUAAUAUAUGCGAGAUAGAAGCUGCAUAUAUUUUAAAGAGAAUCUCUGGUUUAUUGCAUCAGCACUUAAGAAUGGGAACUUCUGCAGAUUGGGAUUUUGUGUUACAAUUUGCAUAUAUGGCAAACACAAUCUUAACAAGGAACUUUUGGGGGGCCGGAUCUCUCUCUCUCUACAGUUGUGAAUUACUUUAAAGCCGCUAAACAAGCCAUGCUAAUAGAUUUUUGUGCUAAACGCUAACAAUUUGUUCACGUUUGUAACAUCCUGUUUUGAAAUAAAAAAUUGU